UGGUUACUGAUUACCACAACUGAUUUCUUAUAAUUUUUAUUACUUGGUUCAAUUGAAUUGUUUUUAUAAUUUAAUUUUCAAAAUCUACUGCAACAAAAAUUUUCCCAAAAAAGAAAAAAAUCAUUCCUUCAUUGUUGAAAAGUGCUUCAAAACUUGUAAACAUUAUUAGUCAGUCAAAUGAAUGCAUUAUGUGAACAAGAAGGAUAACGAAAACUCGAGAAGAAAAAUAAAAUAAAAGUGAAUUUGCAAAACAUAAACGGUAGAUAAAAUAAUUAAUUAACAACAUCAAAUAAGAUUAUAACCACCAAUCAGCAACCCAACCAAAGGGGCGGGGAGUAAUUAUAAAUAUAAAUAAAUAAAUAGACCAACACACACACACAUAUUGGUAUUUUAAACCAAAAACCAAUGAGAUGGCAUUAACAAAACGUAUAAAAUGUUUUAAAUAUAUGGUUUACUGUUAUAUUGUCCUAUUAGCGGUAACAGGAUGUGCUCAAAUAUUCUUGGGAACAUCACUAUUGUGGGGCCAUUCGGGACACUAUGGGGUAGUGCAAAAUAGGCUAUGGGCACCAGCAGCUCUGUUGUUGUGCUUAGGUCCUGGUACGUUUAUUCUUUGCUGGAUAGGCUGUCAGGCUACCAACCAAAAGAAACGAUGUCUUUUGGGUAUGUUUGCAACAUUCCUGGUGAUUAACAUCUUAAUACAGUUCUUAUUAUGCGGCUGGUCGUUAGCCAUGAGAGAGCAUUUACCAUCAUCUGUAGAGAUUUACAUAGACGAUUCAUUCGUUGAGUUCUUGGACAAAUUCUCCAGGACCAAGGUUGAUAACCUACAUUUGUGGAAUAGAAUGCAAUCACAGUUGCAAUGCUGUGGUGUGGAUGGACCAUUGGAUUAUCGCCGCUUGUCCUUGCCAUGGUCAUGUUGUUCCAGGCCAGAACACGCAUAUGAAUCAGCUUGUGAUACACAUUACAAAAGGGGUUGUUUGGCUGUAGUUUCAGAACAAAUCAAAUACACACUGUUAAUAACAGCAUUCGGAGCUGCCAUCAUUGCCAUUUUCCAGAGCCUUGGUCUUUUUUGUGUUGUUCAUCUGGCAAUUUUAUAUGGAAAACACGAACAUGGUUACGAAAAUAAUAAGCUGAGCAAGAAACGUCAGCAACAAUUUCUACCACUCUCCAUUCAGGAUAAGCGCCAGGACAUUCCAUCACCUUUAAGUUUGUCACCAACAGCACCGGGCCAUCGUGUGCUAAAAACAUCAGCUCCCGGUGGUAAAAAAUGACAGACGAUUAGCUUUUAAGUGUUCAAUUGAAUUAAAAACAAAAAAAAAUAUAAAAUGUUUUAGAUUACUAUUCGUAAUAAUAUCUACACUACCUAUUACUAAACAAAAAAAAUACUAUUCUACUAAUUUGAGAUGGAAAAUAAUAAAUGUGGCCCUCAAUUUA